AUGGACCAAAAUAUCCAAACCACCGAGGCUUCGUUUUUAACGACACUGAUGUGGCUGGUAACCAGGUUUUUCGCUUUGAUCCUGCGUGCAUUGCUGUACCAUCUGCCUAACUCUAUCAUUAGGUUACUGUCGUGGAACUUCUCGAUAACCUUGUCGUUUCCCUCGCUUAUACUCAUUUUGAGUGUCAUAUCCAUUAUAUCAUAUGCUUUCAUUAGAUACAAGUAUCUGACUGUUUAUUCGCGACUACCGGAGGAGCCGAAGAGGGAGCACCUCAAGAUGGAUCUUUUUCUAGAGACUAGAGACGAGGCACAGAAAGCAAGACAAAGCUACUUGGACGAAUUCUUGUCGGCAAUCAAAAUUUUUGGAUAUCUAGAGACAGCUGUGUUUCAGGAAUUAACGAAGAGCAUGAAUACACAAAAGUUCGAGUCGACUGAGAUGGUUUUCCUGGAUGACGAUAAGAUUGGGUUUGCCAUAGUGGUGGAAGGGUCUAUGGCCAUCUACUGUAAGACCGGAGCUGACCCCACCUCGACAGGUGAUCCCACGUCCUUUGAUCAGCCAAAGGAAACAAUCAUGAUCAAUGGUGUAAAAUAUCAAAUGCUGAACGUUGUGAAGAGUGGCUCUCCACUAUCUUCUCUUAUCGGUGUGUUGAAGCUUCUUACGAGAGACAGCACGGAGCCAGCGGCAACGGCAACGGCAGCUGCAGCUGUGAGAGGAUUGCCUUUUCCAAACGACGGGUUUUUUCUUGACCGAAGGCCAUCGCAAAAUUCUCAUGAACAGGCUGUUAUCGAUGAUAUACCCCAUAUUCCAGUUCUAAACGGAAGCAACACAGAAAGUCUCCCAGAGCUGGUGGCCAUACCUCAGGGGAAUGCCACCAUUUCGGUGAUUCCAAAGGAGUCUUUUUUGAGAGUGGCAUCGAAAUACCCAAAGUCAACUUCGCAUAUUAUUCAGAUGAUCCUGACUCGUCUGCACAGGGUCACCUUCAGAGCUGCCCACUCAUACCUAGGUAUGACCAGAGAGAUCUUCAGCACCGAGAUGAGCGUAAACGAGAAGUCUACAUAUAAUUUGCCUUCAUAUCUUCACGAUGAUGUCAUUACGCUUGCAAAGAAUGCUACAUCUUUCGAAUAUGAGAAUACGGCAGACACUGCUGAACCUGGAUUUGGAGACACCAAGGGAAUGAGGAUGAAGAGCACACCUUCCUCGAAUCCGGGUGAUCUUUUGUCCAGUGUUCCAAUUCCAGGCCGUGAGAAUUUCUUGGGAUCCAAGAAGAAAAACAAGUCUAAGGAUGACCAAUCAAGAGGGUUUUCGUCAACCAUGGAGGAAACAGAAGAGAUUGCUCUUCGGUCAAGUCUGAUUGACAACAUCUUCAAAAUUGUUGAGUUGGACAAGUCUGCUUUCGAGCCAAGGAGAAAUGGCGGGGACUCGAGGUCGUCAUUUCCAUCGAGCACCAUAUCGAGUCCUUUUUUCAAUGGGUCUCCCAGGUUCAACAAUAGAGCGUUCUCCUCAUCAUCUUCGAGGGGAGUAUACUCGUUAGACACUGCAUCUUUAACCAAUGGGGAUGAAGGUGGUCCUACAGACGAGAUCGACUACGAUAGCAUUAAGUCUGAGAUUUCAAACUCUUUGAAAAUCAUAUACAUAAAGAAGGGUACAAAGUUAGUCCACCAGGGAGAAGCUUCACCCGGACUGUUCUAUAUCAUUGACGGUGUUUGUAUGGUGGAUUUUGUUGAUAACGAGGGAAAAGAGCAAUCGCUUUACUCUGUCAAACCAGGUCAAUUGGCCAGUUAUCUUGGUUCUACAGUUCUUUCAAGAUCUUUUACGGAUGUUGUUGCAGAGACGGAUGUCUAUUGUGCGCUUCUUCCCAAGGAUAGUCUCAACCAUUUUUGCGAGAAGUAUCCUCCUUUGCAAUUAGCGUUGGCCAGUCAUCUUUUGAAGCAUCUAAACAGGAGAAUUCUUUUGAUCGAUUACGCUAUUGAAUGGGUGCACACCCAAGCCGGGUCUGCUUUGUACUACCAAAAAGAGCCUGCCAAUGGUAUAUACAUUGUGUUGAACGGCAGAUUCAGGUCUAUCAUCAAGACAGGAAGCAAAGACGAAGAGGCAACUGUCUUGGGUGAACACGGCCAAGGUGAAUCGCUGGGUGAAAUCGAAGUGUUGACUGCCACCGGAAGACAGAGCACUCUAGUGGCAGUACGUGACUCAGAGUCUGCCCGUAUUCCAAGAUGGUUGUUUGAAAUGUUAUCUCUUUCAAACCCAUCCAUAAUGAUUAAGGUUUCGAGAAUAGUCGCAGAGAGGGUCAAGCAGUCCAUUCCCAGUGAACUAACUGCUCCUGGACAGUCACCUAUUAUGUUAGGUGGUCCACCUGGAAUCCCAGUGAAUGCUAAAAAUUAUCGCACGAUUACAAUAUUGCCAAUGACACAUGGAAUUCCGACCACGGCUUUUGCUGAGAAACUUGUUAGUGCAUUGAAGUCAAUUGGACAGUCCGUGGUUGCUCUCAACCAGGCUUCAACAUUGAGCCAACUGGGAAAAUACGCAUUUGACAAACUGUCUAAAAUGAAACAGUCAGGUUAUUUCUCGGAACUAGAAGAGAAAUACCAGACUGUCGUUUACGUCAUCGACACUCCGGUGAACUCGUCUUGGACUAGGACAUGUAUAUCCCACGGCGAUUGCAUUCUGUUACUCGCUGAUGCUCAGGGAUCGACAGAAGUUGGAGAGUACGAGAGAUUACUUGUUAAAAUGAGAACCACUGCCAGAACAGAGCUCAUAUUGAUCCACCCUGAAAGAUAUGUCGAGCCGGGCUCGACUACCAAAUGGCUGAAAAACCGUAUCUGGGUCAACUCGCAUCACCAUAUUCAGAUGAACUUGCACAAAAACGGUAACAAAACCGGAAAUAUGCAAGCACCCACGAGGAUGAACCUCUUCACCACCUCUCAAGCUAGGAUCACCUCUAUAAAGGCCAAAGUCGAGAGCAUGAUCAGUAACACCGAGUUCCUCAGACUGAGACCUUCCCAGCCAUAUUUCCAGCCCAUGGCACAGCACAAAAACGACUUCCUGAGGCUAGCAAGACUACUAUCAGACAAGUCUAUUGGACUGGUUCUUGGUGGUGGUGGAGCAAGAGGCAUUUCGCAUAUUGGCAUCAUCAAGGCAUUGGAAGAUCAAGGCAUACCUGUUGAUAUGGUUGGAGGCACUUCGAUUGGGGCUUUUGUGGGUGGUCUUUAUGCUAGGGAUUAUGACCUGGUUCCAAUAUAUGGUAGAGCAAAAAAAUUCUCGGGUAGAGUGUCAAGUUUGUGGAGAAUGGCUUUUGAUUUGACUUACCCAGUCACCUCGUACACCACGGGUCAUGAGUUCAAUCGCGGUAUAUGGAAAGCAUUUGGUGAUAGCAGAAUCGAAGACUUUUGGUUGAAAUAUUACUGCAAUUCCACAAAUAUCACCAAUUCAGUGAUGGAGAUCCAUUCGUCGGGCUAUGCAUGGAGGUAUAUCAGGGCAUCCAUGACAUUGGCAGGCCUGCUUCCGCCAAUUACGGACAACGGGUCUAUGUUAAUGGACGGAGGCUACGUGGAUAAUCUGACAGUUCAGGAGAUGAAAAACCGUGGAGCCCAAAUCAUUUUCGCUGUGGACGUGGGUUCUGUGGACGAUAGAACACCUAUGAACUACGGUGAUGCUUUGAGUGGGUCCUGGGUCAUUUUCAACCGGUGGAACCCCUUCUCGAAGUACGCGAAUGCUCCCAGCAUGGCGGAAAUUCAAAUGCGUUUGGCUUAUGUUGCUUCAGUCAACGCAUUGGAAAAGGCCAAGAACACUCCAGGAGUGUUCUAUAUGAGGCCGCCUAUAGAUGCCUAUGCUACACUUGAUUUCUCCAAGUUUGAUGAGAUCUAUAGACUUGGCUCGGCUUACGCACACUCAGCAUUGAAGAAACUGGACAAGGAUGGUCAACUGGACUGGCUACAAGGCAAGAAGAAGAACUCUGGGUUCAGAUCCAUACAGAGACGCAAUUCUAUUUGA